AUGAGGCGAAAAAAGCUUGCCCCUCGUGGACCAAAAGAAGCGACCAAAACGUUGGAGCUGUUGGUGAUGAUAAUGGUUGCUCGGGUGUUGGAGAUGCUCCUGUUGGCGAAGCUCCUGUUAGCAAUGCUCUUGUUGGCGAGAAUGCUGGACUUGCUAAUGGCGAGGGUUUUGGAGUUGCUGACGUUGGCGAGGAAGUGA